AUGUUUAGACAAUCCGUUCGUGCUAUUUCCGCCAAGAGAUUACUCUCCGUGACUCCAAGAGCCAACAACUUGGUCUCCGACUUGUAUGUUCAAAACAUCAAGCAAUUCAAGCCACAAGCUAUCUCACAACAGGAAAUCGAUGCUGCUGUCAAGACCUUCCAAUUGCCAGCCAAGCCAUCCUUGCCAGAAAACGAAGUCUCCACUGAAGCUUUAGGUGAAUACGAAUCCUCCGAAGUUGAAGCUACUUCUGGCUCCUCUGGUGCUUCCCUUGCUGCCGAAGAAGACUGGUUUGUUUUCGAAGAAGAAGCUGAAGAACACCACUAA